UCGUCAUUCAACAUCGUUCAACAUAAAAAAAAAAGAAAUCUUUCUUCUAGUCCUCAAGAUAAAUUUAUAUAUAACAUUUGGCGUGAGCAUUCUAUUUUCUGUAUAAGAUGCAAGAUGAAGGAAACGAUAAUAUAUUUUAUCCCAUGUUUAUAAAAGUCGUAGACAUCACUAUGAUCCAAUAAUUUAUAUGAAUCAUAGUUGUAACUUUCGAAUAAAAGCUUCCGACUGCAUAUAUUUACAUGACCAAAACGUAAAGCUUUAAAAAAAUAUAUUUAAUUUUUUGUGUAAAACAAUGACACAGUUAAGUAAAGAUUACGAGCAUAAUUCGUGUAUCUUGUUCCUAUUUAUUUAUUCUACAAUAUUGCGAUCAUGAUGUUUAUUGAUUUUCAAACGUCUAAUGUUCAUUUCUCAAUCAUUUCUACUUUUUUCUCGAUUUUACUUUCUAUUUUCUAUUCUUUUCCUUAGAACUAGAAAAAGAUUUUAAAAAAUAAAUUAAAUCGAAAUUUUAAAUUAAUCUUAACAUUCAUAGAAACGGACAAGAAGCGAUCCUCCGAUUAUUUGAAAACGAUGCAUCUCGUAGACUGACAAAACAAAUGACUCGUAGCAUAGUAGUUCUGCCAUUUCAUUCCUUUUGACAGAUAGUGCAAAGAUGCGAUAUAUUUCGAUAUCAACGUAUAAAUACAUAGACGACGAUUAAAAGUAUGCAAACGACGCUUGGCUCCAACACGGUCCGCGCUGACGGACCGUUAUUUUCUUAGACCCUGUCGAUUUUUGGCAUCCUCCCCGCGAGAAAUGGAGACGCACAAGUCUUUUCUCUUAGAUUUCCUGGCGGGCGGUCUGUCCGCGGCGAUUGCGAAGACAACGGUCGCUCCCCUAGAAAGAGUGAAACUGUUGCUGCAGGUGCAGCAUACCUCGAAGCAGAUUAAACUUGAACAACAGUACAAGGGUAUGAUAGACGCGAUGGUGCGCAUACCUCAGGAAACCGGAUUUCUCAGUUUCUACAGAGGCAAUUUGGCCAACGUUAUUCGAUACUUUCCGACUCAGGCGCUCAAUUUUGCGUUUAAAGAUAAAUUUAAGGCCUUCUUUCUGGGUGGCGUGCCACCGGACGCUUUCUGGCGGCAUUUCGCUGGAAAUCUAGCCGCCGGCGGUGCCGCUGGUGCGACAUCGCUUUUAUUCGUAUAUCCGCUUGACUUUGCUCGUACCAGAUUAGCCGUCGAUGUCGGAAAGGGUGAGAAACGGGAGUUUAUGGGAAUGAACGACUGUAUAUGGAAGAUUUUUAAAUCGGACGGAUUUUUCGGACUGUAUCGUGGCUUCAACGUCAGCGUGCAGGGGAUCAUCAUAUAUCGCGCGACGUACUUUGGAUUUUACGACACUACGAGGGGUAUGCUGUCCGACCCAAAGAGCACACCGUUGUACAUGAAUUUUAUAAUCGCCGAGAUAGUAACAACGAUCGCGGGUAUCGUGUCCUACCCUUUCGAUACAGUUAGAAGACGAAUGAUGAUGCAAUCGGGACGAAGUAAGGCUGAAAUGAUGUACAAAAAUACACUGGAUUGUUGGAUGAAGAUAACAAGAAGCGAAGGUCCCACAGCUUUCUUCAAAGGUGCAUUCUCAAAUAUUCUUCGUGGCACCGGUGGUGCUAUCGUCCUGACGUUGUAUGACACGAUCAAAGAUUCGAUUGCGAAAGUAAUCACGAAAGUUCAGACACCUUAGGAAUUUAGUAAGUCUUGCACCGCAGUAUAUACGAUUAAGAAGUGUUCGAGUGUUUUAUACAUGAUUAAAGAUUUUCAUUUAACAAGUACAAUAAUAUAUAAUAUUGAAAAGAAUUCUAUUAAAAAUAUAAAGAUGAUUCUGUUUUA